AUGACCCCUCCUGCCAAGUCCUGCAGCGACAAAGUCAAAGAAGCUCUAAUUAAGCAUUGGACAGUACCCGACAAGAAACGGCCCGCGGAGCAAGACGCAGCCGAGAAAUAUCUGCUCACCGUCUGCAUCUUCGGCAAGUACAUGACGCUGCCGUGGAUCAAAUUCAAGCGCUGGUAUCUCUUGGUGACGAGUUUCUUGGUGCAAUUCUGCAUCGGUGCGAUCUCCUCAUGGUCGGUACUUAACAAUCCCAUUGAUGUGCUCAUCUACGGCAAGAAGGACAAGGGCAUGGCGGUCAACGCCUUUUACAUCUCUGUGGGUAUGCUAGGUACCACGACGGCCAUCAUGGGUCCGUGGCUUGAGCGCAAUGGUCCUCGAGCUGGUAUGGUGCUUGGUACGACAUCGUUUCUAAUCGGGUGUAUUAUCAGCUGCAUCUCGUUGCACGCCAAGUCAAUUGUCGGUCUCUACAUUGGCUACGGGCUAUUUUGCGGCUUUGGGAACGGUAUAUGCUACACUUCGCCCGUGUCGGCCCUGCAGAAGUGGUUUCCGGAUUACCGCGGUGCUGCUGCUGGCUUUGCUGUAAGUGGCUUUGGGGUCGGGUCGGUCGUGUGGGCCAAGGCGUACCUCCCCAUCAUCGCUUGGACUAGCGUGCCCGACCUGUUCAUCGUCACUGGAUGUGUUAUGGGAGUCAUUUUGUACAGUUGUGCUGUUUGUCUGCGCAACCCGCCCUCUUCGUUCCACGUGGGUGGACUGAAUAUACAUGGUGAAGUCGUUUACGAGACGCAGGAGGAGUCCUUUCAGCGCGGCGAGAAUGUGAGUAUUAGGUCUUCGCUCAGGUACGAGUCAGCCACGAACCUGGCCGCUCAAGAAGAGGAGGACCCGAGCACGAACGAUAGUAAGGCCCAGGUGAAGAAAUUGACUCUCAUCCAGUCAAUGACGUCGCCCGACUUCAUAUGUAUGUGUAUCAUGUUCUUUGGCAACCAGCUUUAUGGGCUCAUCGUGCUGUCCAAGCUCUCCACUAUGUCCACCACGCUCUUCGGCAAGACAGCCGCCCAAGGUGCGGACAUCGUGUCCAUCAACGGUCUAUUCAGCUUUGUCGGGCGACUAGUGUUCCCUCUCAUCUCGGAUGUGAUCGUGCGCGUAUUCAACGUUGAGCAUGCAUUCGCGCGUAAAUGCCUCUUUCUCUACGGAGUGAUCUCACAGAUCGUUAUCAUUGCUAUCAUCCCGACGCUGAUCCGAAAUGACAGCUACACAGUCUUCGCGGUCCUCGUAUUUCUGCUGACGUUGUCGUAUGGUGGCGGUUUGGGCACGAUCCCGUGCUUCCUGACAGACAUGUUCGGUGCCUUCAACAUCGGUACCUUGCACGGCUUAAUCUUGUGGGCGUGGUCGCUUGGUGGUGUGGUGGGCGGACUGGUCUUUAACGCCAAGUACACUGCGGCUAUAAAGAACGGUGCCACACCCGAGGACGCGUACAUCGACAGCAUCUACAAGAUUCUGAUUGUGGUGUGUGUCACAGGUAGCUUCGUUUUUAUGGUGCGCACGAACCCACGCGACCGAUUCGAGAAGGGAUACCACCACAGUCUGUUUGGCAAGCGUGUGAUCAGUAUCAAGCCCAAGGAUACGACCGUGAAUCAAAAUGGCUCAAUGCAAAACGAGGUCUAA